UCAUGAAAGUGCUCCUUAAUAUCAGUGCUGCAUUCGUUCAUAGUGGUGUUAUUGGAUUUCUAACAGCAGCAUAUACUGAAAUGAUGCAUGCUACUGAUGCUGCGGCUCACAGAGCUAGGUAUCUGAAUGGUGUUCUGUGCAGCAUAUUGAUUGGUGCUGUCUGAGAGAAGGUUGCUGGAGGGAUGCUUGCAUCCUCAAGUCUAUCACUGGCCAGCAUCGAGCGCUCUGCAGUUCCAGCUUUCGCCUCCACUGGCAAGGUCUGCCAUUAACAGCAAGAAGCAGCAAAUCGAAGAAAGAAGGGACAAAGAACAAGGACUAUUUCUUUCUGGAUUGAAAAUAAAGAAAAAUAAUUGAUUUGUUUCCUCUGACUCCAAAGGUGGAAAAAGUAUUUGAACGAUAGUGUUGGUCAUGAAAGCAAAUCUACACAAGAACCAUCAUUGCUGCAAGUGCCCAGAGUGCUAUGAGGCAACCAGGAUGGCAGCUCUCCGACGGAUGGAACCACAGAAUUACUCUGAAUGGCAGCACGAACCAUAUGGAUAUGGUGGUUUCAGCUCACAGACGCUGCCAUCUUCAUCCGGAGCUGCUGCCAGGAAUAAAACCAAGCUCAUCCCGACCUCCCGUGAUAGUGGACCGAUUAAAAGCCAGAAUAAGAGUGCACCUAAGGUGAAUGGUAACAGUAGUGGAUGGUGGCCGGAGUGUACAUGUUCUACACGUGACUGGUAUGAACAGGCAAACCCUCCGCCCAUUAUUGUAAACACCGAUUCUCUGGAUUCUGGGCCUUACGCUAAUGGGAGUGAUGGAAUGUACAAAUAUGAAGAGAUAAUCCUGGAACGUGGUAAUUCAGGCCUUGGAUUUAGUAUUGCUGGAGGAAUCGAUAAUCCUCAUGUUCCAGAUGAUCCUGGGAUUUUUAUUACCAAAAUUAUUCCUGGUGGAGCCGCUGCAAUGGAUGGACGACUUGGGGUCAAUGACUGUGUGCUGCGAGUCAAUGAUGUGGAUGUUUCAGAAGUCGUUCACAGUAAAGCAGUGGAGGCACUGAAGGAGGCAGGACCUGUUGUUCGACUGUUAGUUCGUAGAAGACAGCCAGCCACAGAGGCUAUAUUAGAAGUGAAUCUUUUGAAAGGACCUAAAGGUCUCGGAUUCAGUAUUGCUGGAGGAAUUGGGAAUCAGCACAUUCCAGGAGAUAACAGUAUCUAUAUUACUAAAAUCAUUGAAGGGGGUGCAGCCCAGAAAGAUGGUAGACUGCAGACAGGAGAUCGGCUGCUUGCUGUGAAUAACAUCAGUCUGCAGGAGGUGCGGCAUGAAGAGGCUGUGGCUGCUCUCAAGAAUACUUCAGAUAUGGUUUAUUUGAAAGUGGCUAAACCUGGUGGCAGCCACCUCAAUGACAUAUAUGCCCCUCCUGACUAUGCAAGCACAUUUUCUGCCCUGACUGAUAAUCAUGUGAAUUCUGGUAUGAGCUAUAUGGGUGGUGUUGAGAAUAAACCAACGUAUCCGAUGCCAGCAAUCACUUCAGGGCGAUAUUCUCCAGUCCCUCGGCAUGUGCUUGGAGAUGAAGACUUCACAAGAGAACCAAGAAAGAUUGUCCUUCACAAAGGAUCCACAGGAUUAGGCUUUAACAUUGUCGGUGGAGAAGAUGGUGAAGGGAUUUUCGUAUCAUUCAUCUUGGCGGGUGGACCAGCAGACCUCAGUGGAGAGCUACGAAGAGGAGAUCGGAUUUUAUCAGUGAAUGGUGUAAAUCUUCGGAGUGCUACCCAUGAGCAGGCUGCAGCAGCACUGAAAAGAGCUGGUCAGACCGUGACCAUUGUUGCCCAGUACAGACCAGAAGAGUACAGCCGUUUUGAGUCUAAAAUCCAUGACCUUCGGGAGCAGAUGAUGAACAGCAGUAUGAGUUCUGGAUCUGGCUCCCUGCGGACCAGUGAGAAACGCUCGCUUUAUGUCCGUGCUCUCUUUGACUAUGAUAGAACCAAGGACAGUUGUCUGCCAAGUCAAGGGCUGAGUUUCUUGUAUGGUGAUAUUUUACAUGUCAUUAAUGCCUCUGAUGAUGAAUGGUGGCAAGCACGACUUGUUACCCCUCAUGGCGAAAGUGAGCAGAUUGGUGUCAUACCAAGUAAGAAACGUGUUGAGAAGAAAGAACGAGCAAGAUUAAAAACUGUAAAAUUCCAUGCCAGACCUGGAGUUAUUGAAAUGAAAGGGUCAUCCAGAGCCAAGCGUAAAAAGAGCAUCUUGUCUCGAAAGUUUACCUUCUACAGGAGCAAGGAGAAUAUUGUGCAGGAGCACACAGGUGAUCAUGGCCAGUGUAUGACGUCCAACACCAGUGACAGUGAAAGCAGCUCCAAGGGUCAGGAUGAUACUGUUCUAUCUUAUGAAGCAGUUACUCGCCUGGAGAUUCACUAUGCUCGGCCAAUAAUAAUUCUGGGGCCAAUGAAGGACAGAAUUAAUGAUGAUUUGAUUUCAGAGUUUCCAAACAAAUUUGGUUCCUGUGUACCGCACACCACCAGAUCAAGACGUGAAAAUGAAAUUGAUGGACAGGAUUAUCACUUUGUGACUUCCCGGGAGCAAAUGGAGAAAGAUAUUCAGGACAAUAAGUUCAUUGAAGCUGGUCAAUAUAAUGACAACCUAUAUGGGACCAGUAUUCAAUCUGUUAGAGCUGUUGCUGAGAGGGGAAAACACUGCAUACUUGAUGUGUCUGGGAAUGCUAUCAAGAGGUUACAGCUUGCACUACUCUAUUCUAUUGCCAUUUUCAUCAAACCCAAAUCUGUGCAAUCCCUAAUGGAGAUGAAUAAACGACAAACUGAAGAGCAAGCAACCAAAGCCUUUGAUAAAGCAUUGAAGUUAGAGCAAGAAUUUGGAGAGUUUUUCACAGCUAUUGUACAGGGAGAUUCAUUAGAAGAGAUCUACAACAAAAUUAAACAGGUCAUUGAAGAACAAUCUGGUCCGUACAUCUGGAUUCCUUCAUCUGAAAAACUCUAAACAUGACCCAAUGUUUAGAGGGAAGAUAUUGUUGGGGUGAAAGAUCCUCCUUUUAAGAUAUGUUGCAUAUCGAGUUUUAUCUUUCUCAUUAUGUUAUGAAUUCUCACCGUCGCUGUGGCUGUUUCCAUUCUGCAUGGUUUUUAUGGAAUUCCAUCAAAGACAUGGAAAUGCACACCUGAAUAUUUUACAGAACAUCUUCGGGAAACAUGACCAGGAUUGGUAAUGAGUUUGUACGUUUGUAUUACCUGAAGAUCAGCUUGGAGAGUUUCAUAUCGACUAAGCAGUGGUUUUAAAGAACCAGUGUUCACAGGGGAUUCUGUUGGUGCCAAUCCUUUCGAAAAAAAAUCUGUCUGAAAUUUCCUAAUACAGAUAGGUUUGAAAAAAGAGAAAGCCACUUCUUCUGUGAUCACACAUGGCAGUGCUUUUAAAGACUGUACACAAUUCCUCAUUGCAGGAGGAGAAUGAAGAGAAUGAAAAUCAUAAAAGAAUUUUAAAUCAUAAUUAUGGUACUGUAGAUGAAAAUAUACAAAUAAUUUUCAACAUAUUAAAUUGCACAUUGUUUUACACAUGAAAA